AAUACCUGUACGUGAACCGGUGAAGCAGAAACUCCAACAUUUCUCUCCGAAAAUGACUUCUUUUUCAAUAAGACCCUCUGGAUACGAAUGYCAUUUCGUUCCUCAGGUUUCAGACGAUUAURUUUGUAAUAUUUGUGGACUGCCGUUGCGAAAACCUGUACAAACAAAGUGUGGACAUCGCUUCUGCAAAGACUGCUUGCACGAAAGUUUCCAGCAGUGUCCAGUCGAUGGAGACGACAUUGACCAACAAGAGAUAUUUGAUGAUAAAGCCACGGAAAGGAAGAUGAUGUCAUUYCAAGUAAGGUGCGCAAACCAGGGCUGUGAUUGGCAAGGACAGUUGAAGUAUAUCCAGGUCCACAGUGACCAAUGCCUGCUGACCAUCGUACCGUGCAGUUACAAACCCUUUGGAUGUGAUUUUAAGGGACAAAGAAUCUACCUUAGUGAGCAUAUAGUUGCUAAGCACUUGGCUUUCACGACAGAAAUCCUCCUGACCCUUCAAGAUGAAAAUGCGAAUCUCAAAAAACAAGUAGAAGACUUGAAACAACAGCAAACUACCUUGAACAAACAUAUUUCAUCACUGACGGAUGAGAACAACACCCUGAAGAAACAAGUCUCACUUGUAACCACGCCAUAUAUGGCCAAAGAAGACCAAAAUCAUCUAAGUUACAUCUUCAAAGUAGAGGAUUUCAGUAAACAGCUGCAGAUUGCAAAGCAACACGAUCGUUUUGUUAGRUUGUACAGCGAGCCAUUUUAUACAMACAGAUAUGGGUAUAAAUUGAAGCUCGAGGUUAACCCCAAUGGCUGCAAAGCUGGCAAGGGAACGCACCUAUCCGUGUUUCUCCAUGUUUUGCGAGGUGAAUACGAUGCGAUAUUGAUCUGGCCUUUGGAUUGGAAGAUAAGGYUCAUCUUGUUGGAUCAGAAGUCUAACCAGAGGAAAAAUAUAAAAAUGAGCUUCCCUCGUAAAAGCGCAGAUUAUAAUAACUUCAAGCGCCCAACAACAAAUCAGAACACGGGGAGAGGUCUGGCCACUUUUGUCUCGCAUGAGACACUGUCGACUGAAAAUUAUUUAGUUGAUGGAACAUUAUUUUUGCAAUUAGAGCUGGAAAAAUCGUAAAAACAAACUGUACUGCCAAUUUGAAAAUGAAUUGAAUUUGACGUCAGUAUAGUAUAAACAAAACGCUUUGGUCAACGGAAAGUUUGAACAAAAGAAUACUUGAUCAAUGGAACACUUGAUCAAUGGAACUCACUAACUCGUCAGUGGUAAAUGAUGAAACACUURAUAUAGAACAAUUGAUCAAUGAAACACUUGRUCGAUAAACAUUUCAGAAAAUACGGAACACUUCACUAAAUCAAUGCAUGGAACGCGUAACUUGGUGCGUUAAUUGAAAGGACGCAUGGCCAAAACACGUCUUUAAGUGGAUCAUCUCAUUAGCAGGRUUCUUGAUCAAUAGAAYAAUAGAUCGAUGGAACACUUGAUCAAUGAAAGRCAUUAAUUUUAAUGAAUCGCACCAGUUAAAGGACACGGUAUUCUUAUGUAGACAUAAAAUGUCUGGACGACAUUUUUACUACAAAAAACUAACAAUGCAAAUAUCAUGGUUAUAAAAAUUAAAUAGCUAGUUAUAAGAAAAUGAAAUAGAAGUGAAGAAUAUUGCAGUUAUUCUUAAACUAAAAUUAAUUUUAAUAUAUUAUCAUAGAUUUAUAUUACUCAUUGAUUUAAUUCAAAAUGUAUAUCAAUUUUGAUGUCAAAUAAUAUUAUUCAUUUACAUAGUAUCCCUGUAAAAAUAAAAAAU